AUGUUGCACGUUUCUCCCGCCUCUGUGCAGGCAAUAAAUGCUGCUGCUCUGGAGGAGGUGAGGGGGGCAACGCAGCUGGUGCUUCGCAGCCUUCAAGGCAGCCACUGUGAUGGUGAUGGGAUCGCGUGUGAGGAAGUCACGCAGAAUGAAUUUGGGCCGACUGCAGCAGCUGCAUUGGACGGUGUUGCAGCUGUUUAUGCGGAGGCUGUGCGGCAGCAAUGCGAAGGGGCAGUCUUCCGUGAGGCACUCGGUGCGCUGCCUAUGCAGUGCCAGAGGGCUAACAUCCUCGCUGACGCAUUCGAAGACGCAGUAGAAGCUCUCCGUGCAGCGGGCAUGCUUGGACAAGGGCCGCAGUUAUUCCUGCCACAGCUGGGUGGUGUGUCGUGGUGCUUGUCACAUGAACUGGGUGAUCGCGCGAGGAACCCCAUUACACCGUCGGUGCCGGUAUUUGAGUUUCAAUUUACUGGCAGAGGCUGCAGUGCCGUGGCGCCUCUCAACAACGGUGACGAAGUGCUGGCGAGCGUUUCAUGUACACCAGGGCAAGCGGAGGAGUUACUGGAAACCCUCCAUGACAUGCUCGCUGAAGCAGAGCGUCUUGCACAUUGA